UGGCAGAACAAGACCUUUUCUUGCCCUCUGUCACGAUCCUUUUCAAUUCAAAAGACAGACGGUUUUCUCUAACGAAUGUUGAGAUCUGUUUAUAUACCCGUGAACCGUGGUUUGGGCUUCAGCGAACAGUCACGUGGUUCUGCGAAAUAAGCCAAUCAAAGCGAACGUUGCGUACCACGUGAUCGGAAAAAUCGAAAUGGUGGACGUAUCGGGACGCAGGAUCCCGAGAGGAGACGAAGGACGAUAAAUUGGGCAAGGGCCCAUCAUCCGUGUCAUCGGUAUUAUCAAUUUAAGAACACGAUUAUUCACGAAUAUUAGUGUAAUUUUCAGCAGAACCGGCGACAACCGAACUAACGCAGAAGUAUCGGUGACAGUAGACCUUGUUUACUGAAGUGUCAAUCCGCCCGUAUUGUACGUGUGUUCUCUAGGUGCGAGAAAACAGAAGAACAGUGUAUGUCGAGUGCGCGAGAGCCACAGCUGUAUCAUAUCGUUCUCUCGAUAGUACGUUUCUGUAACGGUUUAUAAGAAAAGGGGAUAUAUUUUAAAUAAACGAACAAAAAAAGAAGGAAAUUCGAAAUCGUGAAAACAGACGGCAAUGAGUUUACAGUGAAAAUUUCAGUCCAUGAUAGCAUACACAAGAAUGCGAAGGUUUUGAUGAUUUAUAAGAAUGUAAGAAUGUGUCACACCGAGCGUCUUGUUAUCAGCAAAGGAGAUAAGAUACUUCUUUAACGCACAAAAGUUCUAUAAUACGUACAAAUGCAAAUACAUCUGUAAUCUUUUGCAAUAAGUGUAUUAAAAUACUCAAAUGGCAUGAGGAUGUUUACAAAACAUUGAAAACCUUGGAUUAUUGUCUCAGUGAAGAUACUGAGUUACUGCCUGCCAACAAUAGCACACCUACACUCUUUGCAACUAUACAGUAAAUGUCAUGAUAAAAUAUAAUGGCUAUCAGAAAGGUUUUGCUGGACAUUCAGUGUUAAAUGCAUGAUAUCUGAAUUAAAUACAUCAUCCUAUAAAUUCAAAAUACUCUAAUUAUUGAAGAACAAAAUCAACAGGAUUCUAUAAAAUUGACUGAAUAUAUAAAUUUAAAACAAAACAAAGAAACAAUAGAAUAAUUUUAAUGGUUCUGUUUUAUUAUACAAAAAAGAAAGGGUAUAUUAAUUUAUGAUUAUAAUACUUUGUGGUAUUCUGUCCUAUUGAUGAAAUAAUAUGGUAAAAUUAAAUGCGACCUUCAAGAGAAGUUUGGGAGCACUUUAAUUAUUUCUGUAUGUUAUGUACUGCAACGAAAGAAAAAAUACAAACUUUUAUUUUGUUGAACCAAUUCAUGAUUAAGAUUUGACAUGAUAUAUAUGUAUAUAAAUAAAGUCUUUUAGUUUAUGAAUAUUGGGUAAUUUUGAGUGCAUUUGACAAAUUUAAAUUAAUGUAAAAAUUACCUGUAAAUAAAUUAGCGAAACUGUAACUGAUUAUUUUUAAACAAAAUGUAUAAAAAUUAUUUUAAACGUUUACAUCAGUGGUUGUACAUAAUUGAGAAACAAAAAGAAGAAGAAACAAUACAUUUGAAAUUUUGCCUGGAUGAUAGAGGACAAAUUUGUUAACCCUAUAUAAAACAAGGGUUAAAAAAUGGACAGUUGUGUCUCGGGGGUAGUGCAAGUAUUUGUGGGUGAAUGGAGCCCAGAAUAUGAAGCACUUUCAAUUAAAGCUACAAAACAAACUUCCUCAGCUGAAAUAGUGGAGUGUAUUAUAGAGAGACUUGGAUUAAUUGAUGCGUCUGUUUCAAAUGGUUAUGAGUUAGCAGAAGUAGUAGGAAACUCUGUUGGGCAAGAAUGUAAAGAAAGAAGACUUGGGCCAUGUGAGUGUCCCGUGGCACUUAUGUUAUUAUGGCCAAAAAAUGCAGCGCAACAAGAAUACUACAGGUUUUAUUUGCGCAAAAAACAACCAGAUUAUUUAUGGUCAGAUAGUAGGUUUCCCAUGGAUCCACAACUCCUCAAGGACUAUUUUAAUAGAUUCCUAUAUCAACCACGAGAUAAGGAGUAUCCAGAUCUAUGUCAACUUCCAGAUCUUAAUGAACAAACUCUAUUGGACAACCUUCGGGCUAGGUUUUUAGCUGGAAACAUAUAUACAUAUGUUGGCAGCAUAUUAAUUGCAUUGAAUCCGUUUAAAUUUUACCCUAUUUACAAUCCAAAAUAUGUAAAACUCUAUCAAAAUAGAAGGUUGGGGCCAGAUAUACCUCCACAUAUAUUUGCCAUAGCUGAUGCAGCUUAUCAUUGCAUGCUUAAAGAAAAAAGAAAUCAGUGCAUUGUUAUUAGUGGUGAGAGUGGCUCGGGUAAAACAGAGUCAACAAAUUUUCUACUGCAUCAUUUGACAGCACUUAGUCAGAAAGGUUCUCAUGGUAGUGGUGUUGAACAGACAAUACUCAGUGCUGGUCCAGUACUAGAAGCAUUUGGAAAUGCAAAAACUGCACAUAACAAUAAUAGUAGCCGUUUUGGUAAAUUUAUCCAAGUGAAUUAUAAAGAAAAUGGAAUGGUCCAUGGGGCGGUCGUACAAAAAUAUCUUUUGGAAAAAUCAAGAAUAGUUUCUCAAGGAAGAAAUGAAAGAAAUUAUCAUGUAUUUUAUUACCUUUUGGCUGGAGCAAGUGAACAAGAAAAGCAACUUUUGCAUUUAGAAAGUUGCGACCGUUACAAUUAUUUAAAUAAAAGUGGCUGUUAUGGACUAGAAAAUGUUGAUGAACGACACGAGUUUUCAAGGCUGAAACAGUCUAUGGAAAUGGUUGGAUUUACACCAGAAAAGCAGAGACGAUUGUUUGCAGUUCUGUCAGCUGUUCUUUUACUCGGUAAUGUGGAGUUUCAGCCUAGAAAAUCUUAUCACCAUCACGACGAAGCUGUGGGAGUUAAAAAUCCUGAAGUGGUUGCAUUGAUAUCUGAACUUCUUCGAGUAAAACAAGAAACUCUUUUGGCUGCACUUACUGCUAAACGUGCAAGAGCGUCUGGAGAAACAUUAGUUAUUAACUAUAGGCUUCCAGAAGCAAUUGCAGCAAGAGAUGCUAUGGCUAAGUGUUUAUAUGGAGCUUUAUUUGAUUGGAUUGUGCUUCAGGUGAAUCAUGCUUUACUUUCAAAGAAAGAUACCCUCAGAGAUCAUCAAGGCAAUAGCAUAGGUGUAUUAGAUAUCUUUGGUUUUGAAGACUUUAAAAUGUGCAAUAGCUUCGAACAGUUAUGUAUAAAUUAUGCUAAUGAACAACUACAACAUUAUUUCAAUCAGCAUGUUUUCCAAUAUGAACAACGAGAGUACAGAAAACAGGGGAUUAGGUGGACAGAUAUAGGCUACAGUGAUAAUUCAGGUUGUUUAAAUUUAAUAGAAGGGAAACCGAAUGGCCUCCUUUGUCUUUUAGAUGAUCAAUGCAACUUUCCGGGUGCAACGAAUGAGACACUGCUACAAAAAUUUAAUACAGUACAUAAAGACAAUCCAUUUUAUGAAGCACCACAACGACGCGAAGCAGCCUUUGUUGUACGUCAUUAUGCAGGAUCUGUUAAGUACCAAGCUGCUAAUAUGAGAGAAAAGAAUCUGGAUUUAAUGCGACCCGAUGGUGUUGUUGGUGUAUUGAAGAAUUCUUCCCUUGCUUUUGUUCGAGAAUUAGUGGGUGCAGAUCCGGUUGCGGUAUUUAGAUGGGCAAUACUUCGAGCAUUUUUUCGCGCUCAUUUUGCUUUCCAAGAAGCUGGUCGAGCUCAUAGACAUGGUCGAGCUGAUGGUACAAAAGCAUCUAUACAAAACAGGUAUAGGACACCGAACGAGAAUUUAAUAAGUUUGCACAAACAUAAUCGUCCACCAAGCUAUCAGAAGCAGCGCAGUGUCUGCAUACCAUCAACUAUACCCAUUACCACAUUAUCUUCUAUACAACUCGAAAACAACGACAAUGUAAACAACAACCGAUUGUCGUGGCCACAAUCUCGAAACAUUAAUCAAACGCAACACCCGACAAAUGUAACCACGAUGAAGGGUUACUUAAUAAGGGGCAGGGAAGACCAGCCUCAUAGUAAUAAUAAACUCAGACGGGAUACUCAUAACCCGCUAGAGAGGGUGCUUCCAAAAGACGAAGCAAACGUCAUGGAACGCGCUAAUCAAAUAGUCAUGAAAAAUAAAUCAUUUCGACCAAGAGAACGGGGUAAGAAGGGUCUAAAAAAUCUACAAACUGUAAAAACACUUGCUGGAAGAACGCAAAGUUACGGCUCAGGACCUGGAAAAGCAAGAAAGCAGCCUAUGACAGUAUCUGCACAAUUUCAACAAAGUCUGCAUAGUCUUAUGGAUACGUUAAACCAAGCAAACCCUUUCUUCAUUAGAUGCAUUAAAAGCAAUGCCAACAAGGUACCAAACGAGUUCGAUGAAGAAACAGUGCAACGACAGUUAAGAUAUACAGGAAUGUUAGAAACAGUCAGAAUAAGACAAGCUGGAUUUAACGUUAGAUUAACAUAUGAGGAAUUUAUUCAAUUGUAUAGAAUGUUAUUACCUAAGGGCUUAUUAAGUUCUCAAUCUGACGUUAGAGAUUUUCUAUUGACACUAAAUUUAAAUAGAGAUGAUUAUCAACUUGGAACAACUAAAGUGUUUCUUAGAGAAUCAGAAAAAAUUAAACUAGACAUUGAAUUACACCAACAAAUCAUUACAAGCAUUACAACUAUACAAAAAUGGUUCCGUGCGUGUUUAGAAAGAAGGAAGUUCCUUAGAUUGAAAAAUGCAGUUGUGCAAAUACAAUCAUUUUGGAGGAUGGUCAUUGCCCAAAGAUUUGCUCAUUCUUUACGUACUAGAAUUGAGGCUGUCAUUCACAUCCAGUCUGCUUGGAGGGCAUAUAAACAGCAUAGUUGGUUUAAGAAACUUAAGUCCUGUGUAAUUAUGUUUCAAGCUCAUAUUCGCGGUAAUAGAGCGAGGAAGACUUUCGCAGAAUUAAAAAAACAGAAAAAAUUGCUUGUUGAUAAAAUCGGAGAGUAUAAAGAAACUCAAAAUCAAGGAGAGCUUGUAUAUGAUAACAGUAAGGUAUAUCCUAGGCUCAGGAAUAACGAAGAGUCACUCACAGAUCAGGGCUUGUUGGAAUUUAAUACGAUUCGUAAAACGGAGUCUCAGAAUCGUCUUACGUCAGCAAGAAUGGAUAAUGUACUUCGAGAUAGUACAGCUGAUACGAGUAUGUCAUAUUCAAAGCGUAAAAUUAUACCAAAUACAAGAAUAUUACAAGAAUCUAGCUCGAUCUUAAGAAACACGGAUUCUUUUCCUUCGGAUGAAUUUAAUGAGCGUAAAAGUAGCUUGGAAAGUUUGACUAGUUUAAGAAGCUAUGAAUCUCAAGUGAGCAACAGUUCUGAAUCUCAAGACAAUUCUUAUGGCAAACCGGUACCGAGCACUAGAACAAAACGCUGUGAUCAAUCUCCAGUAGUUGCCGCAAAUACAAACUUAGUAAAUGCUUCGAGCCGAUUGCCGUCUGUUAAUAAACGAGCAGACAGUUCAUCGACGGGAUAUAGCGAUGGAGAAACUGAUACAGAAAUUCCGAGUACAGUACAAAGUGCUCCGCCUGUUUUUAACACAGCUCCAUCAUUUCCAAGUCCACGAGAAAUUACAUACCAUCAAUCUAACAUGAGUUUAACGCAUAGUCCAAAUUCAGACGUCUGGCGUCGCCGAGCAGACUUUUCUUCGUCCAUUAACUAUAGUGAUUAUUUACUGCCUGGUCCUCAAAAAUCAACCUUGACACGUUCUCCAAACGUUUCUCAAUAUAAAAGUAUAGCGGAUAACAUGUUCGAGCAAGUGCAACAAGACAAACCAAACGAAGCAUCGAAUUAUAAUGUGAAAUUGGAUAGUGACCGUUUUAUUCAUAUGGAUAGUUCAUCAGCUAGAGAACAACGUCGAUUAAGUGAUAAUAGUGUACCGAGCGAGCGGAUUGAAAGCGUCCCAGUUUCACCUAUCAGACGUGAUCAUGGUUAUGGCCACAGUAAAGAAAUGAAAGAUUUUAGUUACUUGAGAAGGCAAAACUCGGAAGGAGAUACAUCUAUGAAAUUAGAUGCUGUGAACGAUGAAAAUGCUUUAAAAAGUCCCUUGUUGAAAGGAACUUUGCCCAAGGAGAAAAAUUCGAAACCAAAGGAAAAAUGCGAACCCGACGUGCCUGUCAGAAGUGCCAGAAGAAAUCGUCCCACUAGAGAAGUCCAGUGCCGAUCUAUGGGUGAGAGUGUAUCAGAAACCAACAGUGGAGAAACCAAAAGUCUAUUUCUGGGUACAAUCAAAGAGAGUGACCUACAUAAAGCAACAACUAUAAGACCUCGGAAAGAUAGUUCGCAUGAUACACCAUCCAGAUCAAUAACAGAUUGGCCUGUAAACAAAAAUGAAGCUGCAUCGAAGACACAACAACCUGGAAAGCGCAUGAGAUCCAACGCUAUAACAACAUUAGAGCUGAGGAGAAGAAAUUCGGACCCAGCAACUAAAAUAUCAGGACUUAGCGAAGACAAACCUGGAACUGAUACAAGUCCCAAUGACCUAAAACUCGCACCUGGAAUGAAUCUAUUAGAAUGGAAAGGCAAUCUUUUCACGUUAGCCGGUCAUUGUUUUAGAAAAGUAACAAGGUUUGCCAAAGACGAUGUGUGCGUAUGCUGCCACGAAAAGAUGGAUGCGUUCGUAACACAGGGGCACAAAUGUAUUGACUGUAAACAAUUAUACCAUGUCAAAUGUAUUCAGAAUGGCGGAGUACUUAAAAUGCCAUGUAUAUUAGCAAACACUCCAGGUAGGCGAAAACACAGGAAACCGCCACGAACGCCAUACGAUGCCUCGAAACAAGUAGUGGUAUCGAAAUUCAGCUUAACCGGUACAUCCGCGUUCUCUGACAGUACCGAUAAGAUUAUAUCCGACGCGAAAGAGUUAGCUCUCAUGCAAGAUUUUAUUACGAAGAAGAUAUACAUAAUGGAAGGACAAGAGGAAGGCAGGAAGCCAAGCGAAGUCGAUCGUGUAUUUAGGCAGGCUUUGCGUAAAUUUAAAGACGACCUAGUGAUCACUUACAGCGUUGCUAUUCAGCAAGGUGUGGAAGGCAACAUCAAAUACACUGACUUAAUUGCGAACUUUUUGCACGUAAUAGAAACAGUCUGCAAACAAGAAAAUACCAGUGAAGAUUUUCCCGUGACGAUGGGAGUAAAUGCAUUUAGAGGAUUCAUGAAUGAAUUUAUGACGCUAGUCAAAACAGAAGCACCGGAGAAACAGAGUAAAAGCAAGCGUAAGAAGGAAAAGAAACGAAAACAUGAAGAACCAAUACGUCAUGGUAAUCAUAUGUUCCAGUUAACUAUUAUAAACAUCCCUACAGCUUGUGAAGUAUGUACGUCUUUCUUUAUGUGGCCUAUCGAGCGAGGACUUGUCUGUCAGAAUUGUAAGUUAACGUGCCACAAAAAGUGUUAUAUAAAAGCGUCGGCAGAAUGUGGAAAGGAAGCGUCGCACGAAAUGAACUCACGGAAAAUAUUUGGUGUACCGUUGUAUAAAUUGGACUGUGGUGACGGUAAAGUACCGAUAGUGGUAGAUCGGUUAAUUACAACCAUAGAGAUGCAUGGUCUGUAUACGGAAGGUAUAUAUCGAAAGAGCGGUGUCAGUUCCAAAGUGAAGGAAUUAAAAGUGAAAAUGGACGAAGGUGAUCUAGAAAAAGUGGACUUUGAGAAUUAUCAAGUACACGUGCUUGCAGCAGUAUUGAAAAGUUUCUUUCGAGAUAUGCCAGAGCCUCUCCUCACCUUCGAGUAUUACGAUGAUUUUCUGCAUGCUGCGAACUUAACGGAUCCUCGGGAUCGAAUCAGUACGCUAUUUGCAAUUUUGAAGAAGCUGCCGAAGCCAAACUUCGAUUUGAUGGAACGACUGAUCGUUCAUCUAGCUAGAGUAGCGCUUCAUGAAGUCGACAAUCGAAUGUCUCCGUCAGCCCUAGCAAUAGUCUUCGCGCCGUGCAUUCUAAGGACGAAUAGGACGUUGCCCGCGCAAGAUUCUUUACAAGAUGUUGGCAGGCAGACUUGUUGCGUCGAAACGAUCGUACAAGAGAAAUUGAGGGUCGUGCGAGCAACUUUAGCCGACAUAAAUACACUCGAAUCCGCUUGUCAUACGGCGACUUAUCGUUUAUCCAGUUUACGAUCUUCGAAAAUCUUCAGCCCAGAGGAGUUAAACGCUGCGACCCCAAGUGUGACUGCCAGAGGUGGUACUACAGAUCGAGAGAGAGAUCGAGGCGAUGAAGAGGAGGCGCUUCUCGUCGAUCAUAUACAAGAAAUCCAAAAGGAAAAGGCCCUACUAACUUCAACUCUUCCCAGCCUAACGAGAGCUUCUUCAGACGACGACCUACUUCUAUCUGCCACAGAUUUGGACGAUGGAUCUCUUGACGAUCUUCUUCCAUCUUCUGCCGACGGACUCGUAAGAAAGAGACCUAUCCAGAGGCAAAGUUCCGCAGACAAUGCAUUUCCGACGAUCAUUAGUGUCGAUGAAGACAUGGUAAUGGUAUGACCAUCCACGAUAAACGUUACCACGAAGAAUGAUGAUCGUCAAGUGUAGCAACAUGACACACGCUGUGAAGCGUUGACUGACGGCAGCGAAUCGACGAGUCUUACCUCUGGUCUCAUCGGCAAGCCGCUAGUAAUUUAAAUAAGUAGUAAACACGAUAUUAGGUAGGUCUAGUAAUUUGUUCCACACGAAGUUCAGCUGAUAAUUCGAUCAAACAUUAUAUAUAUAUAUAUAUAUAUAUAUGUAUAUAUAUAUAUAUUAUUAUAUAUUAUUAUAUAUAUAUAUUAUUAUUAUAUAUAUAUAUAUUAUUUUUUUCACUCUAUCGCAAAGCUUUCAGGGGUUUCUAAAGAAUGUUUAACAAAUUACGCGAAUAUAUAGCUUCACGUGAAAUGUAUUAAAUAUUCAUUUUAUAAGCUAUUUUUCUCCUGGAAUGCAUUCCUUUUAUUGAAGACUGUGUCAAUCAGGCUGGAUAUCUUGAAAGCUCCAUCGAAGCAGAACAUUUACAUUUUGUAGGUAUUCUAUAGUAGAAUAUCUCUUCAUUUUGAUACAUCAUGUUUCAUUCCUCUGUACCAUCGACGUGAAGAGUUAUGAUAGUUAUUUUGUCAAGAAAAACGGAAAACUAGACAAGGAUUAUCGGUUGUUGUUACAAAUGUUUAGUCGCAUUUAAAUUCUUCUUCUACUUCAAGUUUUUUAUCGGUUCGUUUGAAAACAAUCUAUCCUUGUUCUUCGCUCUUCUUACAGAUUUUAUAGACUGUUGCGUGAAUCAACACGAUAAUAACUACUUUUUUUUUUACUAGAAAAGGCGCAAGUUUAUGCUGAGUUUUUUGACAACCGCAGGUUUAGAAAGGAAGGUAUUCGUAUUGUUUCGUUAGCAGAAUAAUGGAAAAAGGACGAUAGAAAAGACGGUGUAUAGAACAAUAUCAUUGAUCGAUGGCUUGAAAAGAAGCGAUAACGAGUCACCUCGUCAGAUUUUGUUUUUGCCAGACAUAUUCCGUUAACUUUGUUUUUUUUACAUAGAAUACUCGCGCACGCGAUGCAAUAGAUAGUUAUCGAAUCGCUGUUUCAAGCAAGUGAUUCGAAUCACGCGGAAAGAGGGAAAGAGGAAACCAAAUUGUAGCUUGUACAUAUAUUAUUAGGUUAUCCGAGAAGUUCGUGCCAAUUUUUAUACCGUUGUUCCGAUCAAUAUUUUAAUCGUAUCUUUGGAUGCUAUGAAAAGCGUAAUCAACCAGUUUCUUCCACAGCUUCUUUUGUUUUUCCUUUAUUUCUUUCUGGCAGAAACAUAUUAAUCAUUAAUGAUCUUUUCUAAUCUUCCAUUCUAAUCUCUAUUACUAUAUUGAUAUUAUUAAAUAAAUUUGUUUACUCGUUAAAAAGUAUUUUUCAUAGAGUGCAAUUCUAAUUUUUCUCGCCAGAAUAGCGAUUCGUUUUGGAUAAUGCCUAAACAUACCCGUACAAGUAGAACCAUUUUAGGUAAAUAUAAUGCGGCGUAAACUUCUCGAGUCACCCGAUAUAUACGAUAAUGAGUAUCUCGUAAUAAUCUGUUAUUAUUGUUAUCUUUACGAGAGUCGUUACCAAGAUUAUUUCUAUUGUCGAUAUAUGCCGUAUAGGGUUUAUACACGCCUAUAUUCCGUUGAUAAAAUACAUAAAACGCAAACACACACACGGCCUGCCAAUUAUGUACUUUCGUAUCAGUUUUUACUUAGGCUACUUUUUUUCAUACAGGGAGACUCCUUUAUAUACAUAAACGCGUUCGAGCGAAUACGUACUAAUGUAUAGAUACUACAUAGACACACGGAUUACACAUACACGUGGAAAACAUUUGUAUACAGUAAUACUUAUGUAUAUACAAAGACUUUUUUUGUAUGCACCGGACUGAGCAGACGGUUUUUUUUACUUGAGAUUUAUUACGAUUUCGUUUUAGUUCCCCUGUCGUCCAGUGCCUUUUUUCUUCUUUUAUUUUUCCUCUUUUUUUUUCUUUUUUUUUUUUUAAGUUUCAGCUUUCUUUAUGCUCAUCUCCCCCUUUUUUUUAAUACACCGCUAUAGCGUACAGUUGGUCUGUUUUUCUGUCGUGCGUCCUCGUGUUAGACUCGAAUAUCCAACAAUUGAAAGAGUCGUGAAGUUAUUCGAGCGAGACGUUGGAAUAAAAUAUUUCGAUGUCGUGUUUCGCGAAAAGUAAAAACAAAAAUAGGAAGAAAGAAAUAUUAUUUUUAUUCCAACAUCUCUAAUUUAUCUAGCUUUUUUUAUUUUGCAUUUAAUUGAAAAUUCCAUCGUGCUAUUUUAAUUUUAAUUCGACGACAAAGCGUAUCAAUUUCCCACCAAUUUCAUAUUUCAGUUAUGCUUGUAUUCACCGAAUUACCAAAAUCAUAUCCCCCUUCCCCUUACUUCACUCCCUCCCUCCCUCUCUGUUUCGGGAUAUUAAGGAUAUUUUAGAAUAACAUGCACUCGAUUACUUUGCUUUUUAUUAAUUUUUUUUAAAAAACCGAAGUCCCUUUCUUUUUUCAUCUAUGCCCCACGAUUUUACCGAUAUUUCGUUAGCUCGCUGUAAAUCUCGUCGAACGAUCGGCCACGACAGAGAAAGGAUCUUGCUCGCGGAAAAGAGGUGGGGAAAUAUUUAUGCGGUAUACAUACAUGUUCCAAGCUGUAGAAAUAUGUUUUAGGAACGCGUUAUGGAGCAAUUUGAACGGUCGAAUCGAAUCAUUUCGCGUUGAAUUACAUCGGAUCGCGCGUGACUUUUAUCCAAGUAACUGUUAGCAUUAAAACCGGGAAAUUCGGAAAAGGGCACGCGACUUCUUUUCUUUCCAAAACGUUGCAAUUUCUUCUUGUCUUUUUUCCUCUUUUUCUUCUUCUUUUUUUUUCAUCGACUCGCGAAAUCUACAUAAUUCGUGUCACGUUCGUUUUAGAAUGAUCGAUUAGCGACUUCAACUCUUUUAAAUGUCCAUGUUCAUGUUUCGCGCGUCGUUCUUUUUUAACGCUCAAGCCGAACGAGCGUGAGAUCUUUCGUUUUACGGUUGAUCGAUUUUUACACUGAUUAGGAUAGGAUCGUUGUGACGUGCGUUUUGUUCUACUACGCAGAUUGCAGUAGUAGCCUGUCUUUUAACGUUGAAAUGUUAUUGCAUUUUCUCGAGUUCGUGACAUCUGUGACGUUGGCCACGGCCAUUCGAACGAAUUCUAUUCGAUCGAUCUCUUCCUCGAUGUCGAAACAAUUCUUCGUUCGACGCGCCUUGUGUUCUUUAAUCAUCGUGAAAGUAUCGUGCAAGAGUAUACGGAUUUGUAUGCACGGGCGCGUACAUUAUCGAUCGAUAAACAUACGCGUUAUUAUGCAAAAGGUUCCUUUAUCUUAAUCAGUAUUAUUCACCCUUUUACCUACGAUACGCCUCACGUACACAGCGAAACUCGUUCUUUUCCGUCCCAUGGGGUUCCUCUCAAAUAUCGAUUCAGGGUUUUCUAGCAAUCUUGUACUUGAUACCAGCACAAUUUUCUUCAAUUAUUUCUUAAAUGAUACUCAUUAAAGCUUUAGAAUGUUAGCGGCUUAACAGCUCGUAAUCAAUUUCACAGUAAAUAUCAAUUAAAUGGGACGGAGAAUUCACGGAGUAAUUACCGAAUCGUAUAAUUUUGUCAAUUUUUUCACCACCUUAACUGCCGUAUUUUAUUUCUUUGCGAUUGUGAAACGUUUCGAAUACGAUCAAACGUUUUCUCCGGUAUUUCCUUUUUAUCGAUAAUGGACGUGCUCACGAUGAGAAUACACGUUGGUUAACGUUAAACGUUCUUUAUGCUGAAAACGUUACUGUUAAUUUCAGUGUGUAAAGUGUGUUGUAAAGGUUUUGGACAAGUCCGUUUGUUGUUUGAUCGUGCGUUCUCGAAGCAAAAAGUUGACUAAAAGAAAAGGAAAAUAGGUUAAUUUUCGUUUCGGCUAGUCUGUUGUCUCUUUUAUCGAGAUCGGUUGUUGAAUCGUCGGCUCUUUCGCCCGUAAGGAACACUUUCUGUUUUUCAUCUUCUCGAGAAAUUUAUCAUUAGGAAAGCCAGCCACGGUUUGAUCUAGAGCUUGUAAAUCGUGUUAGUGAUUUCACCGUGGCGCAGCUGGGUAGUCUUUUUAACCGCGUAACGAGUAAGAACUAAUCGUUAUAAAAAAAAAAAGUAUCUGUAAAUGAUCGUUUUACGCAAACGCAUUACGCUUCUACUGUGCAAAAAAAAAAAGGUGUUUCGUGCUAGUA